ACUUGAGUGAGAGAGCAGCAGCAUUUUGAGUCUCGCUCAUGUCCAACAUGAGCGUGAUUGCUCACACCACACCACACCACACCACACCACACCACACCACACCACCCAGCGCUCAGCGACGAUCAUCAUGGGACACAAGACGCUGUCCAUCGCGCUGCUGCUAGCAGACACACCACCAGCAGCCGUGGUAGCCAAAAGGGGCGACUACAAGCGCAUAUACCCGCAAUGGCUCAACCAUGCACUCUCCUCCAUCCCGCGUCACGCCUGGCAAGAUACGGUCGAGUUGGACAUCAUACCCUUUGAUGUCGUUCAGCAACACUAUCCGGAAGAGGGUCAGCUAAAGGAUGGUAUUUGGGAUGCAGUCAUCGUCACCGGUAGCGCCUCAUCAGCAUACGCAGAUGUGCCUUGGACAAACAAGCUGUCUUGCUGGCUCAAACACACUGCGUAUGAGCAUCCGCUUGUACGCAUCAUCGGCAUUUGCUAUGGUCAUCAGAUCAUCGCAAGGGCGUUGGAUGCGCCCGUCAAGCUCAAUGAGCAUGGAUUCGAGUUGGGCGUGUAUGAGGUGGAGUUGAGCGAUGAGGGCAAAGAGUACCUCGGUUACGAGCAUGGCGAAGGUAUCAUGCGCAUCCAUCAAGUCCAUCGGGAUAUCGUCGCCUCCGCACCGCCCGACUUUCAAGGGCAAACAUUCGAGAAUCUCGGCAGCACAUCUCGCUGUUCGGUGCAAGGCCUGGCACUGCGAUACCCCACCGAUGCACCGCCCUUACCCUCGGCCGUCUCCUCAUCGGACUACAUCGCCUUUGACAUUUCCUCCGUCGAAGAUUCAUCAGGUCCAGCGCCCAGUCGAUCCCUGCACAUCCUGACCCUUCAAGGGCAUCCGGAAUUUGAUGCAGAGAUCGUAGAGACCUUGAUCGAUGCGAGAACGGAGAUGGGUUUGAUACAGGGCGACUUGAGAAGGGAGGGUUUGGAGAGGGCAAAGAGGGAGCAUGAUGGUGCGAGGAUCGGAAGGGCUGUGCUGGCCAUGCUGGGCGUCGAGGCCAAGAGGACGGAAGAGGGAACGGUGGGCGAUGGUGGGGUGGGUGUGUGAUGACAAGCACAUUGAUCAGAGGAUACGUUUAGAUGCCAUUUUGGCGAUAGAGAUGCGGUGCAAUACAAUCGCAAAAUCGUGAAUUGUGA